CAAUUCUCUCCCCCUCUUGACUUGCUGUGAGUGUCUCAUAGAAUUAUUUGCAAUGUGAUAACACUCAACUGUAACUGUUACAGGUGCCUGUAAAAUGUGGGGAUGUUUCCGUUUAUUUCUCCAAGGAGGAGUGGGAUUAUAUAGAAGGUCACAAGGACAUUUACAAAGACCUCAUGAUAGAGAAUUGUCGUAAUAAAAACUCAGAAAUUCAGAAACCAGGUCCUUACAAUGAAAAUCCUGAGAGUGUAUCAAAAGUCAAGGGAGAUAAGGAUGAGAAACGUAAACCGCUAAUGGAUACAGAGAGGAGUUUACACAACGAUGCAAAUGAAAUCAAGUCCCGGGAUGUGAUUGAUGGAUCCCAUGAAGGCAUUUAUUCACUGGAAGGUGUGGACAAUGCCAACGUGUCUCAUGGCUUUGUGGAUGGAAACUUUGUUGAUAAAAACCCUGAUGAUUCACUUUCCUUCAAAAUCAAAAAUACUUUGUGUAUUUCAUUAUCUGGUCAAAGUGACCAAAACCCACAUGAUCCUUUAGUCGAUGACAUUGAAGUGACAAAGGAUGUGCGGUUUGAGACAAAGAGUAAUUAUGAUACAUGUUCUCCAAACAAUAACCAUAUAUACAAUUUCAGCACGCCGCCUGCACUAUACAAGGAAAAGAGACUUUACGAAUGCAAUGACUGUGGAAAAAUAUUUCCUCACAAAUCCCGUCUUCUUCUACAUCAGAAAACACAUACAGGUGAGAAACCUUUUCAAUGUACUGAAUGUGGCAAAAAAGUUAUGACUCGCCAAAAACUCAUUGUCCACCAAAGAAUACAUACAGGAGAGAGGCCAUUCAAGUGCAGCGAGUGUGGGAAACAAUUUAGCUGCAAAGGAUAUCUGAUCGAACAUUUUAAAAGACACACAGGGUUGAGGCCUCAUAUGUGCCAUCUAUGUGGGAAGCAGUUUACCUUCAAGUCAAGCCUUGUCAUUCACCUACAGUCACACAGUGGGGAAAAACCUCACCGAUGUACUGAGUGCGGGAAAAACUUUAACUACAUGUCUCGUCUUCUUGUACAUCAGCGAACUCACACUGGCGUGAAACCACAUGUUUGCCAUCGCUGUGGAAAGCACUUUGAUUAUAAAUCGCAGCUUACACGACAUGAGAAGACACAUUCUGUAGUAGCUGCUUUAUAAAGAUUGGGACUACUGGCCUCAUCACAAAGGGAGCCCACUUCAGGCACUGUGUGCGAGAUAUCACAUUUUUCCUAGUUAUUCAUGAAUUAAACCUGAUGUUCAUUGAUAAUUAGCAGAAUAAAGAGUUGGUAGCUCUAUUUUACUGAUAUAAGAGAGGAAAAAUUUUCUCCGUAAAAAUCUCAGUAAGUGUCGCCUCCUGGUGACUUAUUGUUCUGCAUGGCAGGGAUGGGAUGGAGACAGUGGAUUAAUUUAUACGCAUCUUUAUCUAAAAUGAGGAUAUGCAAUUAAAAUGCCAUUGACAACUUGAUCAAAACUAUCUGCUUGUGCUCCAUGAGAGUUAGGGACAUUUAAAUCAGGAAGUUACUUUU